CAGCCGGCAGAAGAGGAAGCCGUGGGUCGCGCGCGGAGCAAGGGGCGGGACCGGGAGGCCUGCGGCGGGUCGGGCAGCAGAAGCCGGACCAUGCGGGCGUGCGGGGAUUUGGGGCCGCCGGGGCCGGUGGCAGUGGCCGCCGCUGUGGUGCUGCUGCUGAGCGGCGUGGGUCCGGCGCGCGGCUCCGAGGACAUCGUGGUGGGCUGCGGGGGCUUCGUCAAGUCGGACGUGGAGAUCAACUACUCGCUCAUCGAGAUAAAGCUGUAUACCAAGCAUGGGACUUUGAAAUACCAGACAGACUGUGCUCCUAAUAAUGGUUACUUUAUGAUCCCCUUGUAUGAUAAGGGAGAUUUCAUUCUGAAGAUUGAGCCUCCCCUAGGGUGGAGUUUUGAGCCAACGAACGUGGAGCUCUACGUGGAUGGUGUGAAUGACAUCUGCACGAAGGGCGGGGACAUCAACUUUGUGUUCACGGGGUUCUCUGUGAAUGGAAAGGUUCUCAGCAAAGGGCAGACCCUGGGCCCUGCAGGAGUCCAGGUAUCCCUGAGAAACACGGGGACCGAAGCAAAGAUCCAGUCCACAGUGACACAGCCUGGUGGAAAGUUUGCAUUUUUUAAAGUUCUUCCUGGAGAUUAUGAAAUUCUUGCAACUCAUCCAACCUGGGCAUUGAAAGAGGCGAGCACCACCGUGCGGGUAACCAACUCCAAUGCCAACGCCGCCAGUCCCCUCAUAGUGGCCGGCUACAAUGUGUCUGGCUCUGUCCGCAGUGACGGGGAGCCCAUGAAAGGGGUGAAGUUUCUUCUCUUUUCAUCUGUGGUUUCCAAAGAGGAUGUCUUGGGCUGCAACAUCUCACCAGUGCCCGGCUUCCAGCCCCAAGAUGAAAGUCUCGUGUAUUUGUGUUAUGCGGUCUCCAAAGAAGAUGGCUCGUUCUCCUUCUAUUCCUUGCCAAGUGGGGACUAUACUGUGAUUCCCUUCUAUAGAGGGGAGAGGAUUACCUUUGAUGUCGCUCCUUCCAGACGUGACUUUACAGUGGAACAUGACAGCCUGAAAAUUGAGCCCGUGUUCCACGUCAUGGGAUUCUCUGUCACCGGAAGGGUCUUGAAUGGACCCGAAGGAGAAGGUGUUCCCGAGGCAGUAGUCACUCUGAAUAACCAAAUCAAAGUCAAGACAAAAGCCGAUGGCUCCUUCCGCUUGGAGAACAUCACGACUGGGACGUACACCAUCCACGCUCAGAAAGAACACCUCUAUUUUGAAACUGUCACUAUCAAAAUUGCACCGAACACGCCUCAGCUGGCUGACAUCAUUGCAACAGGGUUCAGUGUCUGUGGCCAGAUAUCAAUCAUUCGCUUCCCUGACUCCGUCAAGCAGAUGAGUAAAUACAAAGUUGUCCUGUCGUCUCAAGACAAGGACAAGUCUUUGGUCACCGUGGAGACGGACGCUCACGGAUCAUUUUGUUUUAAAGCAAAACCAGGGACCUACAAAGUCCAGGUGAUGGUUCCUGAGGCGGAGACCAGAGCAGGGCUGACCUUGAAGCCCCAGACAUUCCCUCUUGCUGUGACUGAUAGGCCCGUGAUGGAUGUGGCCUUUGUGCAGUUCUUGGCAUCAGUUUCUGGGAAAGUCUCUUGUUUGGACACCUGCGGCGACCUUCUGGUGACGCUGCAGUCGCUGAGCCGCCAGGGCGAGAAGCGGAGUCUCCAGCUCUCCGGCAAGGUCAACUCAAUGACGUUCACCUUCGACAGCGUGCUCCCCGGAAAAUACAAAAUAAGCAUCAUGCAUGAAGAUUGGUGCUGGAAAAACAAGAGUCUGGAGGUGGAAGUUCUGGAAGACGACGUGUCAACGAUCGAGUUCAGGCAGACGGGCUACAUGCUGCGAUGUUCCCUUUCUCACGCAAUCACUCUGGAAUUUUAUCAGGAUGGAAAUGGACCUGAGAACGUGGGGAUUUAUAACCUCUCCAAAGGAGUCAACCGAUUCUGCCUAUCCAAGCCUGGUGUGUACAAGGUGACCCCUCGCUCCUGCCACCGCUUUGAGCAAGCGUUCUACACCUAUGACACGUCGUCACCCAGUAUCUUGACGUUGACAGCCAUUCGCCACCAUGUCCUUGGAACUAUCACCACUGACAAAAUGAUGGAUGUCACUGUGACAAUCAAAUCUUCCAUUGACAGUGAACCCGCCUUGGUCCUAGGCCCCCUGAAAUCUGUGCAGGAACUGCGGAGGGAGCAGCAGCUGGCCGAGAUUGAGAGCCGCAGGCAGGAGCGGGAGAAAAACGGCAAGGAAGAUGCGGGGGAAGGGAGGAGCAAGCCCCCCGUCCAGGAGAUGGUAGAGGAGCUACAGGGUCCCUUCUCUUAUGACUUCUCCUACUGGGCACGGUCUGGAGAGAAAAUCACUGUCACACCCUCGUCUAAAGAGCUGCUCUUCUACCCCCCGUCCAUGGAAGCCACCGUCAGCGGAGAAAGCUGCCCGGGGAAGCUGAUUGAGAUCCAUGGGAAAGCCGGCUUAUUUCUGGAAGGCCAGAUCCACCCAGAGUUGGAGGGAGUCGAGAUCGUCAUCAGUGAAAAGGGGGCGAGCUCACCCCUGAUCACAGUCUUCACUGAUGACAGAGGUGCCUACAGUGUCGGGCCCCUGCACAGCGACCUGGAGUACACCGUGUCCUCACAGAAGGAAGGCUACGUUUUGACCGCGGUGGAAGGAACCAUCGGAGACUUUAAGGCGUAUGCUUUGGCCGGCGUAAGCUUUGAGAUAAAGGCCGAAGAUGACCAGCCCCUCCCCGGGGUCCUCUUAUCCCUCAGCGGUGGCGUGUUUCGUUCCAACCUCUUGACUCAGGACAAUGGCAUUCUGACAUUCUCCAACCUGAGCCCUGGCCAGUAUUACUUCAAACCCAUGAUGAAGGAGUUCCGGUUCGAGCCAUCCUCACAAAUGAUCGAGGUGCAGGAGGGGCAGAACUUGAAGAUCACCGUCACCGGCUACCGAACGGCCUACAGUUGCUACGGUACAGUUUCUUCUCUGAACGGAGAACCAGAACAGGGUGUAGCCGUGGAGGCCGUGGGACAGAGCGACUGUAGUAUUUAUGGAGAAGACACCGUGACAGAUGAAGAGGGGAAGUUCAGAUUACGUGGAUUGCUGCCGGGAUGUGUGUACCACGUGCAGCUCAAGGCAGAAGGCAACGACCACAUCGAACGGGCGCUCCCCCACCACCGGGUAAUCGCGGUCGGUAAUAACGACAUCGAUGAUGUAAGCAUCAUAGUUUUCCGGCAGAUCAAUCAGUUUGACUUAAGUGGAAACGUGAUCACUUCCUCUGAGUAUCUCCCUACGUUAUGGGUAAAGCUUUAUAAAAGUGAAAACCUUGACAGCCCAAUGCAGACGGUUUCCCUGGGCCAGUCCCUCUUCUUCCACUUCCCGCCGCUGCUCAGAGAUGGCCAGAACUACGUCGUGCUGUUGGACUCCACGCUCCCCAGGUCCCAGUAUGACUACGUCUUGCCUCAGGUUUCUUUCACGGCGGUGGGCUACCAUAAACACAUCACCCUGAUUUUUAAUCCCACGAGGAAACUUCCUGAGCAAGACAUCGCACAGGGGUCCUACAUCGCCCUGCCUCUGACGCUGCUUGUCCUGUUGGCUGGCUACAACCAUGAUAAGCUCAUCCCCUUGCUGUUGCAGUUGACAAGUCGACUGCAGGGCGUCCGAGCUCUUGGUCAGACAGCCUCUGACAGUAGCGGCCCAGAAGACGCAAAGAGACAAGCCAAGAAACAGAAGACAAGGCGGACGUGAGGAGGAAGAGGGGCAGGUGAAUCUCAUUCAGGACAGGCCACCACCAAGGGGCCACCACCCACCCUUGGCGUCAAGCGUGCGUUCGACUGAGCUCAGCGCGAGCUGUCUGCCCCAUGCUGCCAUCGCCCUCGCUGCCCGGGCCUGCCCUCCCCCCCCCCCGUCCAGUCCCUCAGUGCAAUGCAAUGAAUGGACCCUCCUGUCACUCUGCUGAGCACAAUUUAUUUUCUGAGUUGAAGAUAAUUUAUUAUUAAUAUUUUUUGUCAAAAAGUAUUUAAGCUGUGCUAGUGGUGUGAGAAUGUAUCUCUUAUUCUUUAGCGUUCAUUUUCUAGAAUUCCAGUAAACACAGGUUUUCGGUCCGCUAAUGAAGGACCUGUCGGAUUUGCCUUGUCCCUUAACCUCCCUCUGCGUCUGAGAUCCCUGCUGGAAACUGCACAACCUGUAACUACUACUAGGAGGGCUUGUGAGGAGGUAAAAAUCAAUAAAGCCGCCCAUUCAUGUGUGUUGUAGCUGA